GGGUUUAAUCAACUUGGUUCUAUUUAACAGUUUAGUUAAUUAACCAGCAUAAUUUGGUUAAUUGCAAGAGUCGAGGUGCCAAUUAUCAACAUUAGUUGACACAACGAUAAUCAAAGAGGAAACAAUUAACUUUUUUGUUCGUUGAUUGUCAAAAAGUGUUCUCAGUCAAUUAUUUUCUCAACUUGAUUGGUUUUAAUUGUAACCAUUAACAUGCAAAGAUCAGUUUCUUUCGUGAUUGUAAUUUUUAUCGCUGUUUGUUUCAGUUUUGAUUCGUCUGAUGGUCAACGGGUUUUUUUCCGUAAUUUGACCCGAUCGGUCGUUUUUCCGUGUUUCUUUCGAGUCUGUUAUCCGGAAGUGGGCUGUUUUUCACCGGAAACCUUUGAACUGAUCCCCAUUUUACCGCCGGUUGCGGUUUGCCCCCAUUCACCGGCCUUUAUCCGUCCCAAUUAUCAGCUUUACAGCGCUGAUGCUCCUCGUUUAGCGCGACCGUUAACUGACCUUCCCAACGGUCUACCACUUGGUAUAUCGGUUCAUGGAUUCACCCCAAGUGCAAACUCAUCGUUCACUCAAUUAAUGAAAGAAUCGCUACUUCGAGUCCGUCCUUAUGUGAUGACCGUUGAUUGGGAUCGAGGAGCAAAAAACGGCGUCUAUCCAGGUUCAUUUACAAUUCCAGUAGCAGCGGGUAUUUUUGCGGCCAUUAAUUUACAAAUGGUUGGUCGGGUAACGGCAAAUGUAAUUAGUACAUUGGUUCGAGAACGAGAUCUCAAUCCAGCGGAUAUUUAUUAUUAUGGUCACUCUUUUGGUGCCCAAAUGGGUCAUCAUGUUUCCUAUUGGCUGAGAAAACGCCAUAAUAUUAAAAUGGGCCGAAUGACCACCUUGGAUCCUGGUGCACCCUUUUUCUACGGUCACCCUGAACGGUCACUUUCUCCCGAUGAUGCCGAUUACACUGAUUGUAUUCACUCAUCAAUCUACUUCCAAUUAGCGGUUCCCCACACGGUUGGUUAUUAUCUUCCGGUGGCUCAUAAAGAUUUCUAUCCCAACGGGGGCGAUCUUCUUUGGGCUAUGCCAGGUUGUGGUGGUAAUUUUCUGGCCUGGUGUUCACAUUUCAAGGCUUUGGUCUAUUUUGACGCGGCGAUUGCAAAGAAAGCCGAUUGCUCUUUCCGUUCUAACCUUCGUUGUCCUCGAAUUGCAAACUUUGAGGUUCAAGAAGAUUGUGGACCAACUGAGACUGAAUUAGGUUUUCGAUCAAUUGAAACAAACGAAAGAGGAAUUUACUUCAAUCGAAUUGAUGAAAAUCCUUAUGAGUGUAAUUACACUGAUACUAAAAGAGUAAAAUAAUUAAUAAUUAAUCACAUUUACAACGAUUUCAUUUUCGUAACUCAAACAAUCAAGUUACAAAGUAUUUCUAAGCCAAAAAUUAGCUUAAAAUCACAACAACAACAAAAUAUUCUUGAAACUCGAAGGCUUAAAGUCACCUUUAUAUUUAAAAGCUCCCAUUUUAAUUUAACUAAAAGAACAAAUUUUAAAUUAAAUUAACAAAAUUAAA